AUGAGAUUGGAGCACAAACGCCCAUCUGCCCACGAAUAUGCAACGGACGUGUACCUAUUCCUUAUCCACCAUGCGAUGCAAUGUACGACGGGCGCACCAUGUCGCGCCGUCCGUCUUCCGCCUUCUCCCUCGCUUUUCUUUGUCCCCGCCGCUCAUCGCUCUUCCCAUCUGCCCCGUUCUGCUGCCAUAAUCCUCGUCAUGAUCGACACUGGUAAAGCCCACCCGCUCAUCUGCAGCAGAACAUCCCCGAUCUCGUGUUUGGCUGCGAGCGUUGACCCUGACCGAACGCUCUGUCCUCCGCCUCACCUGUACCUCUUGUCCCUGUCUAGCGCCCUUGAUAGCUACCUGAGCCUCUGCCAUCCUUACCUGUCCGCAAUUGGAGCAUCUCAGCCAUCCGAUGUCUGCUGA